UGCUCUUCCCCGCCUGUGUAGUCGGUGGUCGGAGGUGCGCACUCGGAGAGAGGAGGACAGUCGCUGUGUGAUCGCCAUGCCGACCGUGGAGGAGCUCUACCGGAACUACGGGAUCCUGGCCGACGCCAAGGACGAUGUCAGCAAGCACAGAGCGGCCUAUCAGGUGAUCCUGGACGGCGUGAAAGGUGGAGCGAAGGAGAAGAGAUUGGCAGCGCAGUUUAUUCCCAAAUUCUUCAAACAUUUCCCGGAUUUGGCCGACGCUGCCAUAAACGCCCAACUGGAUCUGUGUGAAGACGAGGAUGUGUCGAUCCGAAGACAAGCUAUCAAAGAGCUCUCACAGUUUGCAACGGGGGAGAACCUUCCACGCGUGGCCGAUAUUCUGGCACAGCUUCUGCAGUCAGAUGACUCUGCCGAAUUUAACUUGGUGAACAACGCCUUGCUGAGUAUAUUCAAAAUUGAUGGCAAAGGCACCCUCGGGGGAUUAUUCAGCCAGAUUCUUCAAGGUGAAGACAUUGUACGUGAGAGAGCCAUUAAGUUCCUCUCUAACAAACUGAAAACCGUUCCUGAAGAUGUGAUGACUAAAGAGGUGGAAGACUACAUUUUUUCAGAAUCCAAGAAGGUGCUGGAUGACGUCACCGGGGAGGAAUUUGUCCUGUUUAUGAAGAUCCUGUCCUCUCUAAAGACAUUACAGACAGUUAGCGGCCGACAGCAGCUGGUAGAUCUAGUAUCUGAGCAGGCGGGUCUCUAUCAGACCCUCAACCCCGCCGACCCCGACUCUGUGGAUCGCCUCCUGCAGUGUAUGCGGCAAGCUGUGCCACUUUUUUCUAAAAAUGUUCACUCUACUAAAUUUGUGACCUACUUUUGUGAGCAAGUGCUUCCCAUUCUGAGUUCCCUGACCAGCCCAGCAGAGGGCAUCGAUGUCCAGUUGGAAGUGUUGAAGCUUCUGGCUGAGAUGAGCUCAUUCUGCGGAGAUAUGGACAAACUUGAAUCAAAUUUAAACAAACUCUUUGAGAAGCUUUUGGAAUACAUGCCGCUUCCUCCGGAGGAAGUAGAAAACGGGGAGAAUUCGUCUAACGAGGAGCCAAAACUUCAGUUCAGCUACGUCGAAUGUUUACUAUUCAGUUUCCACCAACUUGGGCGCAAGAAUCCAGAUUUUCUAACCGGGAAAGUGAAUGCUGAGAAGCUUAAAGACUUCAAAAUAAGGUUGCAGUACUUUGCCCGAGGAUUACAGGUGUACAUCAGACAGCUUCGCCUGGCCUUGCAGGGAAAUCUGGGGAUGCCUUAAAAACGGAUGAGAACAAAAUCAAAGUGGUAGCCUUGAAAAUAACCAGCAAUAUAAAUGUUUUAAUCAAGGAUUUGUGUUCCAUAAUCCUCCAUCCUACAAAAGCACAGUGACCUUGUCCUGGAAGCCAGUACAGAAAACGGAUAUUGG